UAUAAAUAACCCCACUUUCCCCCCUCUCUCCCCUCUUUCUUCCUUCUUUUUAGAAUAGACUACCUGUCAAUACCGCCACCAUUUCCUCCAUCUUCACUCGUCUCUUCGGCUCUUUUGCCGCUCCUUCUCCCACCAUGUCCGCCGCCGCUAAGACUAAGGCCCAGACCUUGAUCAACGAGAAUGGCGUUGUCGUCUUCUCCAAGUCCUACUGCCCCUACUGCACCGCAAGCAAGAACUUGCUGAAUGAGCUCGGCGCGAAGUACACUACUCUCGAGUUGGACCAGCUGCCCGACGGAGCCGACCUCCAGGACGCUCUCCAGGAAAUCUCCAACCAGCGCACCGUCCCCAACAUCUUCAUUAGCCAGAAGCACAUCGGUGGAAACUCGGACUUGCAGAGCAAGAAGGGAGAGUUGAAGGGGCUGUUGGAGGCUGCUGGGGCUUUGUAGAUCUUUUGUCUAUGAGUUUUCUGCGAAGCUAAGAAUAUGUGAUUGGGGGAGUAAUGAUAGAUCGAUUGGUUGAUGAUGAUGAU